GCCGGCCGCUGACGGAGGGGGCCCCGUCGAGCGGGCCGGCGCGCUUUGCUUAGCAUCGAGGGCCACGCGACGUGCUCGCGCGCUAAGCAAAGCCGCGCGCCCGCCCUCCCCGUCCUCUUCCCGCGGAGCCGACCCCACGUGCGCGCGCGGGCGCGCACGCCGCUGCUCGCCGGCCAUGUCGCGCGCGGCGCGUACGUGUCGGAAGCCGAGUGGCUGGCGCUCGAGCUCGCCACGUGCGGUCGGUCACUCGUGGCGCGCGCCCAUUGGCUGCGCCGCGAAUCGCCGGCGUGCCUAUAAAUGAGCUGACCCGAUCGAGCCAGGCUCCAUCGCGCUCAUCCCCACCAAGCUUAGCUUCGAUCCGAGAAACCACCUGCUGCUAGAUCGCCUGUAAAAUCCAUCCGUUCACGAAGCUCCAGCCGAAUCCCGGAAGCCGCGCUCCCACCGAUCGAUGGGGAACUCGUACAGCGGCGGCGGCCCGUCGGCGGCGGGGGCCGCGCUGGAGGUGCCGCUGCACCUGUGCUUCUUCCUGCUGGUGCUGCUCCUCUUCCUGGGCUUCUCGUGGUACACGAGCUACGAGUCGGCCGCGGAGUCGUUCGCCAACCAGGCGCGCAUCCUGCUCAUGGCGUCGCCGUUCGCGCUGCUGCUGGCUGUGCGGCUGCUGUCGGGCGCCUCGGCGGGGGAGGGGCGGGGCGUGGGCGGCCUGCUGGCGGUGCCGAUGCCCGAGCGGGACUCCAUCCACCGCGCGGGCGGGUCGCCGUGGGGCGUCGGGCUCCUGCUCCUGCUGCUCCUCGUCAUGGUCUCCUACCAGUCCAACUUCCGGGAGAAGUGGUUCCCGCUCCCGACCAGGUGAUCGGAGUUCCGGUUGCUGCACGAUCAAUAUCGAUCGAGAUGUAAACAAACACCUGCGGAUUGCUGCGGCGCCCGCGGUGUUCUGGAUGGUUUUGCGUCCUCUCUCUCUGUGUAACUGUAAGUGUGAGUUGGCGGUAUGCCAUGUCCCAUUGUCAACGCAACGAGACUCAACUGUAUCGUA